CUUGCCUACCAGCGCUCGCGCGGUACCACGUGAUCAAAACAUGUGACGUCACCGUGGCUUCUCCUAUACGUGUACUGUUAACAUUGUCGGCAAUGUGACUUCAUUUGGUCUAGCUGGGCCCGUGCUUAUACAACUUAAAGUCUAGUCUCUAAUAAAGUCCAGACUUUAUAAUGUAAUGCUAUUUGAAUGGCGUUGCAAUGACGUUAAAGUCUGGACUUAAAAUUUUAAAGUCUAGAGCACGGGGCCAGAUUGUUUCAAGGGAAAUAAUCCUGUACAAUUAGAAUAGACUGGUGUCAGUAGCUGUAUUAACAAAAAGCGAAUCAAACGUGAAGCACUUAGUAAAGCGAAAGUCCGGGAAAGUACCUUGGGAAACUUCUGCGAUGUAAUUUUUAAUUUCCUUGAGUUUUAAUAUUGAAGACGACUUGUUGAAUUACGAGGAGGCUGAAGAACCGAUGGAGGAGCAAGUUGAUGAUGAUGAUAGCGGAUACACCGAGUUGUUCUGUGGGCGGGUUAUGCAUGUUCUGGAUCCACAGAACUUCUGGGUGCAAAUUGGAACUCAAAACUGUUUUGAUGAGUUUUCCAGUUUGGAGGAUUCCUUUCAAGAAUUUUGUGAAGAAGUUGGCACAUUUCCAUCCAUCCCCGCCCAAUCGAUAGAAGAAGGAUCUUAUGUCUUGGUGACAUCUCCCGAUGAAGCGGGCAAAUGCAAGAGAGCUCAGGUUGCUCGUACAAACAAGGAAAAGGGAAUGGUUGAUGUUUUCUACAUGGACUACGGGAACACCGAACUAGUGACCACUAACAGACUGUGUCAAGCUGUGCCGGCGUACUUCUUUGCUGUAAACCUAGAACUGAUGAAAUGUGGUUUAGCAGGAAUCAGACCGAUUGCCAAAACCUGGACAGGGCGUGGUAUAAAAUACUUUGAGAAACUGACCAAAGAGCACAUUCUGCAGGCUGCCAUCGUCUCCUUCAAACCUCUGGAAAUGCUGAAUGAAAUAUCUCUUUAUCAACAAGAUGGGGAUCAAAAGUCUAUUACACAUCUUUUGUUGGAAGAAGAAAUUGGAGUGCCGACAGAUGUUCUGGACAGUGUUCUUGAGUUUGCGAAAGACGUGACACGAGUCUUGCCAGAUUCGUACUAUGAGUGGUAUAACAGUGUUGAGGAGCAAGAUGAUGGAAAUGAAACACAAGAAAGAAAUGAAGUUGAGACAGAUUAUCAAGAAGAAACUAAAGAAAGUGAAGAAACAACCAAAGUUGCUGAAAUAUCUCCACAAGAAUCUGCUUGUUACAGUGAAGACCACUCUCCUGGAAAGUCUGUUUACUCCGACAACAAUGAUUUCGAAACAGAUAGUUGUUCCCUGUCUCCUGAGACUCCAUCACCUGCUAUCCCGAGUUUUGAUCUGUCGGAAAUCUUGAAAACCACAAUGGCUUGUCCAGACACACUAGAAAAGAAGAAGGAUGAUGAAAGAAAGAAAGAGGCAAAGCUAGAGCUCCAGCGCGAUAUUCAGACUAUUUGUGAAGAUGUACCACAGCCGUCGACAAGCGCUACCUGGGAAAUGACUGAUCUAAUAAUUGGCAAGAACAAUGCACACACGAACGAUGGGGCAAUCAGUGACAAGAUUGCACAGAUUGAAAAGGUGACAGGAUCUCUGACAGAAAUGACGAAAACCAGUCCGAUAAUUCCAGCAAAGAAACUUGACGGGAAGCUGCCAGAUGUUUCGUCCAUUGUAAAGAAUGGGUUUUUGUUGCUGCCAACGUGGACCACUUCAUCUGCUGAGGAUUCACCAACAGAAUGCUUGGAAAAAGAUCACAGUGAUGAUGACUCUGAUGACAGUGAAGACAGAUUGGUGAAACAGAUGACCGAGAUUGAGUUUUUCGAAUUCUCCAAACAGCUUGAACAAAUUCUACUUCAUAGUGAAUGUUCUGAUGCCAGAGUUGUGAGUGAAGAGUUUUACAGAAUAGUACCAAUAGAUGGUGCUAGACAGCCUGUUGGGUUGCUGGCAGCUCUAGACGUGCUUGUGGAACAUGCUGUGAAGAACCCGGACUGGCAAGGAUUGACUUUAACAAUUCUUGACUCCUACUGUGAAUGUGCCAACUUUGCAAAUUGCCUGGAGAAAAUACUUAAAGAUUCUCAUACACGGUUCAUACGGAUCUCCCCUGGCAAGACGUUGGGCUAUCAUUCAGACUUUGCGCAAGUACUUGGACAGAUAUUUCUGUAUUCGAGGCUUUGGGCUACCAGUGUUAGCGAUAUUAUCCAAGAGUACAUACUUUCAGCCUGUGAGAGAUGGGUUCUCUUCAACAAAAAUAAUGACCAGAUCGGACCCCGUACAAAGCGACUGGUGGAGAUAUACAACGAGUGCUUGGUAGCCUUCUGGAAUAUAGCAGGUGAUUUGGUGCAUGACAUUUCACCAACAAAUCACAGGUCUUUGCAGGCUGAAGUCCGAGACAGAAUACUGAGCGACAACAUUGACAGGACCCUCCGCCAAAGAUAUCUGCUGCUACUCCUCUCGAUGCUGCAGCCUGGACUAUCGCUGGACAUGUCAAAGCCGGUCACACAUGACACACAAUGCCAGACGACGCACAGAGCAGUUGCAGUGUUCAAGUUCAGACGGACGAAGAACUCGCUCCACGUCUCAUUCCAUACAUCAUUCCAAACAUUAAAACCAGCAGAGUAUCCAAUCAGUGGAAAAGUAGUCGUCCUCUUGCCGAGAGCCUCAUGAAAUCACCCCCAUCCACAUCACUGACAGAAGACCUGUCUCGCUACCAUUCCUGGGCCCAGUGUGUCACCGAUGGUAAGAGGGGACAGAACACGGAUCCUGCCAACAUCAACGAGUUGAAGAAUCUGGCGCUUAAAAAACUGGGGUC